AUGUCUUCCUUCUCUCGUCGAGUUUGCCUUGUGGCAGCCUUGUACUUCAUUGGCGCCUCUGCGUUUCCCAUGCUACCUCGCAAUCCGCCAUGGUCUUUCACCUUAUAUCAAGGCACAGACUGCAGUGGGAACUCCAGUCUCUACGAGGGCACUGGCGGCACUGGCUGCCGCGCGGACCUCAUUGACGUCGCCCCAGCCUAUAUGCUGCACUCCCAGAUCGGGGACGGCUGUCGGAUUGAAUUCUUCGACAACACCAUGUGUGACAGCUACGAGAUCACCGACAUCGCAGGGCCGAGGAACCCUACCGAUAUGUGCAAGGCCCCUGGUCGUCAUGUGGGUUCAUACCAGGUCUCCUGUGAUUAA